AUUUUUAAUCUAAAGAUUUAUAUUUAGAAAUGAAUUACGACAUAUUUGAAAUGGAAAGAGAUUUUCCAGAUUUAAAUUCAUUUUUUUUAAACCAAAAUGCACAGCAAUUAAAAAAAGGAGAAAACAAAGAUGAAUUACCAUUUGUAGUUCCUGAAGGAUUGCCAAAUCAUAAAAAAAGAUACCGUGAGGAAUCAAAUUUCUUUCGUUAUUCCAAUUAUGUUAGUAAUAACAGUGGUGUAAAUAAAAGUGAUGAUAUGGGAAAAUUACCAAACAGUGACGAGCUGCCAUUCGUAGAUCCAAGCAUUAACAAUAACAAUCAACAAACAAAUGACAAUGAUUCAAGUGUUGUCCGAAUACAUGUGAACUAUGAUGGCAUAAUAAAUUGAAAAUAAAUAAAAAAAUUUAUUUUAAAAAAAAACUUUAAUUUUAUAAAUAAAUAAAUAAAUAAAAAAAAAAAAAAAACUAU